CAAACAUAAUUUACUUUGACGUUUGUCAUUGUUUUGACGUAAGAAAGAAGUAUAAAAACAAGGACAUUAAGACUUUUUAAAGAACAUGUGCAAACAUGGAGCAACGGGGCGGGGUCUCAGUGAAUGAACACUAGCUCACAGACACACACGCACUGCUAAACUAGUUAGUGAACACUACGAGCGGCUGAAGCGGCGUUUUGUUGACCUCUAGGGCGCCGCAGGGCUUCCGUGAACACCGUCAAUCCAGUUAUGAUCAUCCAAGAAGGCUUGCUGUUUUGAAUUCAUACAGACUCCUAAGGCAAGUUUGCGCUCAUCAUGGCAUCAUUAGAGUCCAGGCUAAAGGAGGAUCUGCAUGACCUUCAUCUGGAGGAUGGAGCUCAGCAUCGCAACCCUUCAGAAGUGAAGAUGAGCCAGAUCGUGUUGCCCUGCCAUGCCAACCACUGCGGAGAGCUGAGCGUCGGGCAGCUGCUCAAAUGGAUGGACUGCACAGCAUGUCUGUCUGCCGAGAGACACGCUGGAUGUCCCUGUGUGACAGCGUCUGUUGAUGACAUCUACUUCGAGCACACCAUCGGGGUUGGACAAGUGGUCAACAUUAAAGCCAAAGUCAACAGAGCCUUCAACUCUAGCAUGGAGGUGGGGAUAGAGGUCAGCUGUGAAGACCUGUACAGGGGCCGUCAUUGGAGAGUCUGUCAGGCGUUUGCCACAUUUGUCGCCAGACGCACAGAUGCAAACAAGGUGCAGCUGAAGCAGGUUGUGCCCUGUACACAUCAGGAGCAGCUGGAGCACAGUUUAGCAGCCGAGAGGAGGAGGAUGAGACUCGUUCAUCAUGACACCAUGCAGGACUUGCUCAACAACAAAACCUUCCAGAGAAGCUGCAGUGAGGAGAACCGUGAUGAAGAUGCAGCUGUGCCCACCGAAAGAACAAGAGUGGAGAGUGUGGAGCUGGUACUUCCUCCUCAUGCCAAUCACCAGGUCAACACAUUCGGCGGCCAGAUUAUGGCCUGGAUGGAAAACGUCGCAACUAUUGCCGCCAGUCGUUUAUGCAAUGCUCAUCCUACUCUGAGGGCCAUAGACAUGUUUCACUUCAGAGGCCCUUCUCAGGUCGGAGAUCGGUUGAUUCUGAAAGCCAUUGUCAACAACACCUUCAAGAACAGUAUGGAGGUUGGCGUCUGUGCAGAGGCGUAUAUUGGAGAGGAGCCUCUGAGGCACAUUAACAGCGCCUUCAUGACAUUUGAGGUGCUGGAUGACAAAGGAAGGCCACGUCCGCUGCCUUUGAUAAAACCUGAACCUAAGGAGGGACAGAGGAGAUAUCAGGAGGCUCUUGCUAGGAAGAAGAUUCGACUUGAUAGGAAGUACAUCAUCUCAUGUAAGCAGACCGAGGUGCCACUUUCUGUCCCAUGGGACCCCAGUAACCAGGUAUACUUGAGCUACAAUAAUGUGUGGGCCUUAAAAAUGCUUGCAGCCAAAAACAACUGGGACCUGAUCUCAAAGAAGAACCGUGUGAGUCUGUAUACUGUGGAGGAGAGUCAGAGUCUGUGUUUCAAGGUGGAGGCAGAGAUGGAGAUCCCAGCACAGAGAGCCUUCACCCUUCUCUCAGAUCUCAGCCGCAGACAGGAAUGGGACGAACACUAUACUCGAUGUGAACCACUCGUUAAGGUGGAUGAAGAUGAUUUCAUCUAUCGAGUUAUUACUCCUUCAGUCAGUCAAGGAGGAAAAGUUCAGGACUUCAUUUUACUGGCGUCUAGAAGGCCUCCCUGUGAUAGCGGGGAUCCAUAUGUUAUUGCAUUAAGAUCAGUUACUCUCCCCACUCACCCGCCCACAGAGGGGUUCAACAGGGGGGAGGUGGUCUGUGCCGGCUUCACCAUUUAUGAGCUGUCACAAGGUGUCUCUAAGAUUUCCUACUACAAUCAGGCCAGUCCAGAAGUGCUGCCGUACAUCUCCACGGACAUUGCAGGCCUCUCGUCCAGUUUCUCCUCAACAUUCCACUCAUGCAGCCAGUACCUGAUGGACAACAUCAUCAGCACACCUGAAUUCACCUCACCUACAUCAUCAUAAUCUCCUCGACUCAUUAAAAGCGGCCACUUCUAAUGCUUUUCUAGAAUUUCAGUUUUGCACUUCAAGCUACAGUAUGUAACUUAUGGAGCUCUUGUGGAUACAUUGUGUACAUGGUCACGGUCACACUAGAGAUUAAACUUGCAAUAUUCUGUUGUAUGGCACUGCGAAAAGGGUCGGAAGUAAACAAGUUGAUUAGACAUUUUAAAAAGCGAGCGAUUGGCUCAUAUUUUAAAUUUCUGUUCAGAGAGG